UGAGCAGUAUGGGGUUGAUGUUGAAGGUGUUUGCUUUGACAACAGUGUUAGUAUCGGUGCUCCCUUCUGCUUAUACCUUCACCAGAUAUGACUUCCCUUCUGACUUUGUGUUUGGUGCAUCAACCUCAGCUUAUCAGGUGCUGCAAAUGAAGAUGGCAGGAAACCAAGCAUAUGGGAUACCUUCGCCCAUGCUGGAAAUGGGAAUAAAUACGAAGGUGAUGGAGAUGUAGCAUGCGAUCAAUAUCAUAAAUAUAAGGAAGAUGUCCAACUCAUGGCCAACAUGGGUUUAGAUGCCUAUAGAUUUUCCAUAUCAUGGUCAAGACUUAUUCCGGAUGGAAAAGGACAAGUUAAUCCCAAGGGAUUGCAGUAUUACAACAACCUUAUCAAUGAACUGAUAAGCCAUGGAAUUCAAGCACAUGUUACAUUACAUCAUUGGGACCUACCACAAACACUUGAGGAUGAAUAUGGAGGAUGGGUUAGUCGAAGAAUUGUGAAAGACUUCACAACAUAUGCGGAUGUGUGCUUCAGAGAAUUUGGUGACAGAGUUAAGUAUUGGACCACAGUCAAUGAGGCCAAUGUGUAUGCAAUGGGAGGCUAUGGUUCAGGAGACUUACCACCUCAGAGGUGUUUACCUUCGGAUAAAGCUAACUGCAGCAGGGGAAAUUACUCAACUGAGCCUUAUUUGGCAGCCCAUCAUAUGUUGUUAGCACAUGCAUCAGCUGUUAGAUUGUACAGGAAGAAAUACCAGGACAAGCAGCAUGGCUUUAUUGGGUUUAAUCUACUUACUUUUGGCCUUGUUCCUCGAGCAAAUACUAGUGAAGAUAUAAGUGCCACUCAAAGGGCCAAAGAUUUCCUAAUUGGGUGGUUUCUAAAUCCCUUCACUUUUGGAGAUUACCCUGAUAUAAUGAAAAAGAAUGCUGGCUCAAGGCUUCCUUCCUUCACCCAAAAGGAAUCAAAUCUGGUCAAGGGCUCAAUAGACUUCUUAGGAAUAAACUUUUACCACACGUAUUAUGUUAAGAACAGUCCUGGCAGCCUGCAGAUGGAAGAUAGAGAUUACCAUACAGAUAUGGCAGCGGAACUUGAAAGACUUGCUCAAAAGGAUGCACCUACAUAUGAGAUCCCAAUUACAACCUGGAGUUUGCAAGGGGUGCUAGACUCAUUGAAGGAUGUUUAUGGAAAUUUUCCAAUUUACAUACACGAAAAUGGACAACAAACACUUCGAAAUUCAUCAUUGGUUGACUGGUCAAGGGUGAAGUACUUGCAUGAAUAUAUUAGGAGCAUGCUUGAUGCACUAAGGAGUGGAUCGAAUGUAAAAGGUUAUUUUGCAUGGUCCUUCUUGGAUGCAUUCGAGUUAUUGACUGGAUAUGAAACAAGUUAUGGCCUAUACUACAUAGAUGUGAAAGAUCCAAGCUUGAGGAGGCAACCUAAGCUUUCUGCUGAAUGGUACUCAAAUUUUCUGAAUGGGAGGUCUAUGGACCCAAAGGUCACCAAGGAAAUUGAGAACAAUGCACUUGUGCUAUCACACACUCCCUUACUGCAUAAUGCUGCUUAAAGUGAUAUAGAUUAUAGACAAGUAAAAAUAAUUUCGGAUACUCUUGGGGUGACAAUUUUCUACUUUGUGUUAGCAUGUGCAGAAUAAAAUGACUGUCUAUUGGACUAUUAUGAAUUAAAAACUGUUGGAGAGAAUAUCUUUAGGAUAUCUUUAUUAUUUAUAGAGAUCUAUUUCCUUAUUUUAUUAGGAUUAUGUU